CCAACUUCAACGCACCAAAUCUCGAGAGUUUGAAAACGUGACAACCAACAACAUAUAUAAAUUUCUCACACCACACUCAUCACUCACACCAACAACCAACUAAAAAGAAUUCACCUCCUACUCCUCAGCAACAAUGCAAGUCAAAAUCUCACACACCGCCUUAGUAUCUCCCACCACACCACCAUUCCACGAAGACCACACCCUCCCUCUUUCCCAUCUUGACACCGACCCCAACCUCCACGUCACCUUCCGCUACCUCCGCACCUACCUCAACACCGCCACCUCCGCCGCCGCCGCCGUCGUUAACGACCCUUUCCAAGUCAUUUCCGCCGCACUCUCCGCCGCUCUCGUCCACUACUACCCUCUCGCCGCUACUCUCCGGCAAAACCACCUCUUUUGCAGUGUUAAAAACCUGACCGUCCCGCUCAUCCACGCCACCGUGGGUGACACCACCCUCGAAUCUCUCAACUACCUCGACGACAACCCGGAUACCCACUUUCUCGAGCGGUUGGUGCCCGACCCGGAUCAGGAAGAGAGGCUUGUGAACCCGUGCGUGCUACAGGUCACGGUGUUCAAGUGUGGUGGGUUUACUCUCGGGGCCGCAAUACACCACUCGCUGUGUGAUGGACUCGGCGCGACUCAGUUCUUCAACGUUAUGGCCGAGUUGGCUCGUGGGGCGACUCGGAUUUCGGUUGAACCGGUGUGGGAUCGGACGAGUCUGUUGGGACCCAGAGACCCGCCGAGAGUUGAGGCACCGAUUCAUGAGUUCUUGAGUUUGGAGAAGGGGUUUUCAUCGUACAGUGAGGAGACUGGUCCGGUUUUGAUGGAGUGCUUUAAUGUGAGUGAUGAGUGCUUGCAAAAAUUCAAGGCCGCGCUGUUUGAACGGUGUGGAUUGAAAUUCACCACUUUUGAAGCUUUGGGUGCUUUCAUAUGGCGAGCCAAGGUUAAAGCCUCAAAAAUUUCAGGCGAAGAGAAGGUGAAGUUUGCUUAUGCAAUCAAUAUGAGAAAACAGGUAAAGCCACCACUACCUGCCGGUUACUGGGGUAAUGGCUGUGUUCCAAUGUACGCGCAGCUUAGCGCCAAAGAGUUGGUAGAGAAACCUAUUUGGGAAACAGCACAGCUGAUCAACAAGAGCAAAAGCAGAGCCACUGAUGAAUACGUUCGCUCAUUUAUUGACUUCCAGCAUCUGCAUUAUGGAGAAGGGAUCACAGCAGGAAAAGGAGUGAGUGGAUUCACAGAUUGGAGGCACUUAGGCCACUCAACUGUUGAUUUUGGUUGGGGUGGUCCUGUAACAGUUUUGCCACUCUCAAGAAACCUUCUUGGAAGUGUUGAGCCUUGCUUUUUCUUACCUUAUUCUUCGGUGAGUGCUGGAAGGAAGGAUGGUUUCAAGGUGUUAGUGAAUUUGCGAGAGAGUGCCAUGCCUGCUUUCAAGGAAGAGAUGAAGGAGUUUGGCAACCACGAGUUUGGGCUGUCUAGAUAUUAAAUAACGAGUUCACAUCAUGAUUUUAGUACUGUAGUAUGUAUUUUGGUUGACAGGGGUACCACAAUCAGACAAGAGAGUUGUUCACGGAGUAGUAAGUCUUUAUUUGUAAUUGGAAUUGGGUUUGGCUUCGUCCAAUGCUCCUUGGUACAUGACAUGAUACAGGCACAACACGUGUCCUAAAUUGGCUACAGGCCAAUUCUGUAUUUCUCCUAAUACAUAAAAGCAUUGAUAAAGUGACAAGCUCUCAAUUAUAAACAAUAAAAUGAUAUUAGUGACAGAUUCAUGUGAAAAUCAAUCAUAUUUUGAUA